AUGUAUGAAAGCCGAGAUAUUCUGAAAACUGUGGCUGGCUUGGCGCUAGCAGCCAAAGAAGGAAUCAAAAUCAUAUUUCCAUUCAUCAACCAGAUCUCUCUAUUUGUGAAGACUUCAAGAAAAUCAUCACCUUUUGCGCUAAAUCAACAGAAUACUGUCAAUGGUCGCAUUUAUGGACUUGAUGAUACAUUUUUGUGUUUUGAAACUGGAAACAAGAUGGAUUGGACUGAGCUCAUUUUCAACGACAAUUCAACUACAAAUGACUUAAGACCAGCCCCAGCAAAUUGGACAAUUGAUAUCACGCAACACAUCAAAUUGCUUGCUCCUAACACCCUUGUUAUGGAUGGAAGUUACUUCCAAGAGCACAUUGAGGCUUUCAAUAGAACAUUUGUUGUAGGGGAACAUGGGUUCUAUUCUUUGCCUGCCAAAUACAAAGAGUUUAAUGCAAAUUUCACUGGUGCUGGUGUUAGCCUGACUUUGACCUCAUUCACAUGCUAUCAUGCCCCUGGUUGGAGGAAUCAAACUGAUGAGGCCUUUGACCAAAUUGAAUACAAUGUAGUCUGUGGUACCUACAAAGCUAGUUACAAACUUCUCCAAGAUGAUGUGGCUCCAUAUCCAAUUCCUUCUUAUCCAUACGCUUUCUUUGCAACGAAUGGAAGUACUGUAGGGCUCUCUUUCAAAGGAGCCGCCUGGGAUGAACACUACGAGAUAUGGGCAGCGGGAUCUGAUGAGUCUAAUUUUGUGAAAGUGGCAGAUGAUGUCCUAGACAAUGUUGGUUUGGGCAAACUCUUUGUUCCAAUUGACCCAACUCAGCCUACAGCCCCUUUGAAGUUUCAUACAGAGGUUUUGAUCCGACCCAUAAAAGAUCAGUCUGGAUGGGAGGAUACAAAGUGGAAGACUGGUGGGAGUGAACAAGUUCAUGGGACCAUCAAUCCUCUUAGGGAGGAUUAUCCUUUGACAGCUCAAUCAGCCUCACAAUCAAUUGAUUGUGCAAGUCUUCGCAGAUGGUAUACCGGCAGAGGACUCAGUGUAGAUGGUUAUCAUGGACCCUUUUCAUAA